AUGAGUCAGAGUAGAGUAGCAUAUUUUUAUAAUCCUGAUGUGGGAAAUUUUCAUUAUGGACCAGGCCAUCCAAUGAAGCCUCAUAGGUUAUCCGUAACCCACAGCCUUGUGCUUAAUUAUGGCCUUCACAAGAAGAUGCAAAUAUACAGACCAUAUCGGGCCAAUGCUCACGAUAUGUGUCGAUUUCACAGUGAGGACUAUAUUGAAUUUUUACAGAAUGUGACUCCUCAAAAUAUUCAAACAUACUCAAAGGACCUGCUCCAUUACAAUGUAGGAGAUGACUGUCCAGUAUUCGAAGGCCUGUUUGAUUUUUGUUCAAUGUACACAGGUGCCUCUUUAGAAGGUGCAAUGAAAUUAAAUAAUAACACCUGUGAUAUUGCGAUUAAUUGGUCAGGUGGAUUACAUCAUGCUAAGAAAUUUGAACCUUCAGGUUUCUGUUACGUAAAUGAUAUAGUUAUAGCAAUACUAGAAUUAUUAAAAUACCACCCAAGAGUAUUAUACAUUGAUAUCGAUGUUCAUCACGGGGAUGGGGUUCAAGAGGCGUUCUAUUUGACUGACAGAGUAAUGACUGUUAGCUUUCAUAAGUACGGGAAUUACUUUUUCCCUGGAACGGGUGAUAUGUAUGAAAUCGGAGCUGAAAGCGGAAGGUAUUUUUCUGUUAAUGUACCAUUGAAGGAGGGUAUUGAUGAUCAGAGUUAUGUUCAGGUAUUUAAGCCAGUAAUAUCCAAUGUGAUGGAGUUCUAUCGUCCUACCGCCAUUGUGCUGCAGUGUGGUGCGGAUUCAUUAGCGGGUGACCGUUUGGGUUGUUUCUCUCUGUCCACACGUGGUCAUGGAGAAUGUGUGAAAUUUGUCAAGAGUCUAAAUGUUCCUACACUGGUUGUGGGCGGUGGCGGAUACACUCUUCGGAAUGUUGCAAGAUGUUGGACAUAUGAGACAUCCCUACUUGUUGAUGAGAACAUUUCAAACGAAUUGCCUUACACGGAGUAUCUUGAAUUUUUCGCUCCCGAUUUCCAGUUACAUCCAGAAAUCAGCAGCACAUCGAACGCUAACUCCAAACAGUAUUUGGAGGCUAUUACGAAGCAUGUGUAUGAUAAUCUCAGGAUGUGUCAACACUCACCAGCGGUUCAAAUGACGCAUAUACCUGGUGAUUUCCUGCCAGAAGAAUACAGGAUAAAGGAGGAACCAGACCCAGAUAUACGUAUCAGUCAAGAAGAGGCUGAUAAAAUGAUAGAGCCCAAGAAUGAAUUUUAUGAUGAUGAGAAAGACAAUGACAAGGAACAAGUGCCUGAGACUAAAGAAUCAUAGCAUACGGAGGAAACCACCCCGCCGGUGGUCAUUUGACAAGAACGUCCAUACAAGAAGUAUAAGAAAAAGUUCAUGUGACCUCCAAGUGUUGAGGACAGUGAUAUAGUGACUUGAGUAUCUAAGUGAGGUCUUUGUUGAUUAGUUAAUAUCAGUUGUUAAAAAUGCGUGAAGUUUAUGAAGUUUUAGAUUAAAAAGUCUGCAUAUAGUCUUUA